AUAUGUCUCUUGCAGGUGCUUUAAAUGUUAGAAAAAGAAAUAAUGAGAAUGAAUUAGUUUACGAUCAUGAUAUUCAAGAAUUUGAAAAUUUACCCUUUAAAAUUAAAGUUGAAACUAUUAAUGAAGAAGAUAACUAUGCAAGAUUAUUUUUUUUUAAAGAUGAUCCUUAUGAAAAAAUUGAUAUUCCAGAAGGCAUAAUCUGUCUUGAUAAAACUGCUAAAGUAUUAAAAAAUGAGCAUGAACAAAGAGAAAAAAAACAAACAAAAGGAGUAGAUAUUACAGUUGAUAAUACUAUUAAAGAUAUUACAGAUUUAAAUUUAAAUAAUAGUGAAUGUGAUGAUAAAGAUUCUAACGAUGAAAUGGAUAUUAAAAAAGAAUAA